GACGACUGCUCCUCAGGAGUCCAACGAGACAGCCCGCGAAAACCCAUCAGGUAAUGCUAGCACGGUAACCCCAUUCUCACAUAAGCCAGGGGGUAUUUAAAAGCACAAACUUCUACUUAUGUAGCCGGUGUGAUCCUGUAGGGGAAGGGUAUAUUGGUGGAAGCUUAUCUUAGUAAUCUAGAAGAGCCUUCAGCAUCAACGCACCCAAGUGGCUACUGCUAACUUUAACCAAGGUUAGAAAAACGUUUCUCCCAACUCUGUGCGGGUAAGGUGUCGCACUGUGAGGUGAAAACGUAUGUAGAACAGGAAAGUGCUUAGCUCGAUAGUUUAAGGGAAGCUGUGAAAAAGAAUCAGUAAAAUACACGAUUUAGCAGAGCCAACUGCUUGUUAGCCAAUGCUAGCAAAAAGUAGCCCCCCGCCACAAACAUUUUAAUAAAAGUACAUUAAACAAAUUUUAACGCGUUGUUAUCAUUCCAUCUGACCACUCGGAAAAAGCGUAGCAUGUUUAAAACUAAUUGUAAAUUUCCUUCUCUCAUGUAAUUCAUGCAACAUGCUCUCCCAGAGCUUUUCUAAUGCGCCUAGCUAAAGCAGCCGGUGGGCGUGGUUCAGACAGCACAUGUUUGCCCCUGUCCUGUCAACAGUGCAGCAUGCAGCCAUGCCCAUAGAUUUAAACCAUAGGAUAGUUUCGAUUUACAAACAGGACAUUAUUUCUUUAUUCUAGACACUUGGGUCCAUACAAGCACUUGAUUUAAAUUGAUCUUGUGUCAUUCGAACAUAUUCAACAACUUGGCCACAUAGAUUUAAUAAUUCACAAGCAUGUAUGUGAACAUUGCAUUCAACUGUCCACAUGGAGGCAAAGCACGCGUUGUGUUUGAGAAGCGGCAGAAAGAAGCAAAAACCUUAGCUGAUCCUGUCCUUCCAUACAGCAUCAAAUCAUUUUAAAAGAAAUAAAAUUCCUUUGUGUAACCAUGGCAUAAAUAUCAGGAGAAACAUUGACAUGACAAAUCAGUGGACUAGUUUCAUGAGCACAAAGCACAAGAACAAUUUUUUUUGUUGUCACUGUACUGUUGUGGGUGAACUGAGAAGGUGAGCCUUGACUGCAGUUUUGGGGUCCUAAAAGGUUUUCAUACAGUACAUUUUUGCAUUAAUUUACGACAUGGCAUAGAAACAAGGCAGAAGCAUUUUGGUGAAAACAGUUUCCACGUCCUUGAAGCUUUUUCAAUCUAGCUUUUCUGUAAUUGCACAACAGGCUACCUAUAAGAAAUAGAGUAUGAUGGAUUUUAAAUUGCUCUUUUUGCACAUCACAUAGUACAGGAAACUCAUGUGAAACACGCAAAUGAUACUUGAAAUAAAAGUUUCGUAUAAUAACAUGCAAAAGUUGUGAUAUGGGUUUGGUGUUGCAAGAAAAAGAUUUAUUCAAGUAGCCAUCUUCAAUUUUCAAAUUUUGAGAGAGAAAAACAGCUUCAAAAUCUUUUUGAAAUAGAUCAAAUCAAAUGGGCUACUUGGUCUGAGCUUUUUCUUAAAUGAGUGAAUAUCUUGUUAUCUCUUUCUGCAACAGUGGGAAAAGUUUCCAUCCUUUAAAGUUUAUUUGACCGAAGCUUGCAUGAGGUAGAACUCUAACAUCAGGCUUUUUCAUAUUAUAUGGAGCUGUAGACUAGACUGAGUAGGACCAUUAAAAUACUUUUUAAUUUCUUGUUUUUUUGUUAAUCUGUAACUAGAUAUGGUUUCUAGUGAAGAAAGGGAAAUGCUAAGAUUUUUUUUCCUGUGAGCUGAAAUGCUAGAUGAAACCAUACCUGAGCAAUGCUGUAGGUGGCAGUGUUCCUUUAUAAACCAGAAAAGGAGACGUCUGAACAUCUACUACAUUUUUCAGACGUCGGUUUAAGUUUUAAUGAAAAAUGAACUAUUUUGGCAAGAUAGCUAAACUCAGCAAUUAACACUAAAGCUAUUACCAUAUGAUCUGUAGACCUCUUAACUUUUACAUGAAAGAAUGGAUCAAGUAAAGCAUCUUCUGGGGCUUUAAGAGAUGCUGGUGGGGAUUUUGUGUGUGUGUGUGUGUGUGUGUGUGUGUGUGUGUGUGUGUGUGUGUGUGUGUGUGUGUGUGUGUGUGUGUGUGUGUGUGUGUGUGUGUGUGUGUGUGUGUGUGUGUGUCCUGUCCUUCUCUAUUUCAGAAUAGUUGAAAACAUAUACAGUACAGGCCAAAGGUUUGGACACACCCUCUCAUUGUCAUGUCAAAAUAGCCACCCUUUGCUCUUGAUGACAGAAGUACUUAGUGACUGACUCUGUCAGUACUAAGUAACCCGGACAAGGCACACCUGUGAAGUAAAAACCAUUUCAGGUGACUACCUCAUGAAGCUCACUGAGAGAACAGUAAAAGUUUGCAGCGCUAUCAAAAAAGCAAAGGGUGAUUACUUUGAGGAAUCUAAAAUAUAAUACAUGUUUUCAGUUAUUUCACACUUUUUUCUUAAGCACGAUUCCACAUGUGUUCAUUCAUAGUUUUGAUGCCUUCACUGAGAAUCUACAAUUUUAAUACUAAUGAGAAUAAAGAAAAUGCAUUGAAUGAGAAGGUGUGUCCAAAACUUUUGGCCAGUACUGUAUAUUCUGUGUUUUGUUUAGGUAAGAUGUCAGGGUAAGAAUGUGAAUUAUCUGUGAUGAAUCAACUAAGCAGCCAUGUAGAAUUGUAAAAUAGAAUAGCAGCUAUACUUACAGAAAUACUCAACAUAUUUCACAUGAUCUCUGCAAGUUAGAAGAAAAACAUUUCUAAAAAACCCUUUUCUCAUUCUGUGUGAGUUGUUAGAGAUAUGCUUUCAUUAAAAUUAUGUUUUUGGGUUGCAGACUCAAAGUUUGAAAAUUUAUUGGGGAUGUGGCGAGAAAAACAAGUGAUUCUUUUUAGAUCUGUGUAGCCUGCUUGUGACGUCUUCUAGAGACAGGCAGCUCAAAGCCACAUUAGCCACAGCCAGCAUAGCCCAUUCAAAUUAUGGACUGAACUCUGGGUAAGAAAGGCAUUAGUAUAAAGUUUAUAGAUGUAAGGAAUAGAAGUAGAAUAUAGUUUUGCAUUAGGCUGUUGAGGAGCCACCAGAUAUCAUCAAAAUGUGAUGUUUUUACACAAGCACUGAACCUACCUCUUACUUCUUAUUUAGGAAAACGUGACGACUAGCAACAGGCUGGAGCAAAGACAGUCUCUCUCUCUCUUUAUGGCCUUCAGACAACACAAUGUCUGAUGUGAAAGUCCGUCCCACAGUGAGUGCAAAUCCUUCUCCACCAGAGGUCAUAAAUUCUAAGACGCCCGGUCGUGUGACCAAUCAGCUACAGUAUCUGGAGAAGGUGGUCAUCAAAGCUUUAUGGCGGCAUCAAUUUUCAUGGCCCUUUCGCCAGCCAGUUGAUGCAGUGGCACUGCGCCUUCCCGUAAGUAAUAAAAAUGUGCUUCUCUGCAAAACCAGAUCUUUUAGCUGUGCUGAGAAAUUACAAGUUCUCUUUGAACUCCAGCUUUUCUCUGGUAUAAAUGUUCAAAAUAUGUUGGUACUUGAAAGACUUGUGUUUGGUGUAUUUAUGCAAGUGUCUUUGUUGUCUUCCAGGACUAUUAUACCAUAAUUAAAAAUCCUAUGGAUCUGGGCACUAUUAAGAAACGUCUUCAGAACAGAUACUACUGGCAAGGGCUUGACUGCAUCAAAGACUUUAACACCAUGUUCACAAACUGCUAUGUUUACAAUCAGGUAAGAAAAUACUAUUUUUAGAGCUGUAAAAUCAGUGGACAUACAGUUUCAAAGUGUACAUCAAACUGAAGAAGAAAAAUCAGGGAAAUCUUGUCAUGCUGAAGUAGUUUUUAUAUAAAAGUUUGAUUAUAGACCUUGCUGACAAAAAUAAAAGAAAGCCAAAUGCUAAAUUAGCUAAACAGUUGAAAAAAUGGUAUAAAUCGCAAUGUAUUGUAUCGCAAUAAUCACUGUAUUGCAAAAUGUUAAAAAUCACAAUAAUGUCGUAUUGUGGCCCAAGUAUCUUAAUUAUAUCGUAUCGAAAGGCCAUUGGUGAUUUCCACCCCUAGUAGCCUGUGUGAGCUAAUUUUGUUGCCACUUUUCCUCUUUAUUGUAAUAGCAUUACCAGUUGACUUGGGUGCUGUCAACUGAGUAUAAGAUGUACUGUUUGUCUCUGCAGCCUGGGGACGAUGUCGUUAUUAUGGCACAGACCAUGGAGAAGCUUUUCUUGCAGAAAAUUUCCAAAAUGCCAAGGGAAGAGUGUGACAUCACAGAAACAACGGCAAAGGAACCAGCAAAAAGCAGAAAGACAAACACAGGUCCUACAGGAUGUAAUCUUAUAUACUGAGAUGUUCUUACUUGUGAUAUGUAUGUAAAAGGGAUUUAUCGUUAAACACUAGGCUUGCAUAUACAUUAAAAUCAUUCUUGCAGAUACAUGUGAGAAAGAUUUUAAUGUAUCCUACAACAACAAAUCCACCAGCUGUAAUGUGAUCUGGAAAGUGAUAGUACUUCCUUUCACUCGGGCCUGAUUCUUGUACAUGCAGGUGCAAUCAAGCAAAGAUCCCCUGUGUCAGAAGUUGUUCUCCAGCAGAUGGUGACAGUCAUACCUCCUGAUGUGCCUCAGCUCACAAAACCUAUUCAGCUCCCUUCACACAUUGAUGCAACAGUAAGUAAAUAAGUGGUUAACAGGCAACUUGAAUAGUAUUUAGAAUUGCUAUAGGCUUGAAAUACCCUAACUUAAAAAUUUGUAUGCUCUUGUAUUGAUCUGGGUUGUAAGGAAUGUUGUGGUGGUGGUGGACUAGACUCAGGCUAUGUACAGAGGGAAUGAACAUGUAAAUUUGCUAAAGUUAGAUGGACAUAGAUUUAAAAAUACUUUUAAGUGCAGAAUGAGUCCCGACAAACUCAACGACAAAAUAAAAUUAAGAAAACCUAUAAAAUAUAACCUAGUUUUGAGUGAUUAAAAAGUCAUUGACAUCAACGUUGCUUCAUGAGAUCUUAAAAGAUGUUGUGAAUAAAACCCUCCAGGUGUCAUUUUUGGAUUAAUUGUCAUUCAAGAUAAAUCCAAGAUACACCUUGGUUCUUGUGCAUGUCUUUUCAUUUUGGUAAAAAAGCAAUUAAAAACAAAUGACAUGGCUGAAAAAGCUUGGUCAACUCAGAACCGCAUUGAUAUUACACAAACAUGCAUGACACACUUAUUACGUUCCAAGGAAAUUCUUCAAGUUUGGAAAACUUAAAAAAUUUACAGCAGAGUUACCUGAUGCUUUCAUGUAUAACCUGUGUUUGUACUCGUACUGUAAAUUCCUUAAACCAAUUUUUUUUCCUACUUCAAGUUAUAUCCUACUUUAACCAUAUGAUACAAUUUUUUUAACCUCCCUCUAAAUAUUCAGAUUAAACACGGGUGUAAGAGGAAAGCAGAACUCAUUGCCGCCACCACCACCUCAGGGAUCACCAGCAGUGAGGUUUCUCCUCCUGAGGAUCAUCCAGCACCUUGCACAUUGAUCCCCAGGCGAGGAAGUGGAAGACCCAUCAAACCUCCCAAGAAAGACUUACCAUCCUUUGACGAGAGGAAGGUCAGACUGUCUGAGCAGCUCCGGUGCUGUAAUGAUAUUCUGAAGGAGCUGCUGUCAAAGAGGCACUACAUGUAUGCAUGGCCAUUUCAUGCCCCAGUUGAUGCAGUUGCUUUGGGCUUACAUGACUAUUGUGAUAUCAUUAAGCAGCCUAUGGAUCUCAGCACCAUAAAGGUAAGCUGCUGAUUACAUGGGAUUUAUAACAUGAUUUCCUUCAUAAGUUGUACAUGUUUUCCUCUCACUGUCAUUUCCUCAGAAAAAGAUGGAUCACAGAGAGUAUGCAAAUGCAAAGGAGUUUGCUGCUGACAUUCGGCUGAUGUUCUCCAACUGUUAUAAAUAUAAUCCACCUGCACAUGAGGUGGUCUACAUGGCAAGAAAACUGCAGGUAUAAAAUGUGUUUUUCUAUCAAUCAAAUAUGGCAAAUGGAGCCCAUGCAGGUUGGGGAUAUAAAUAAAAGUAUGACGCAAUAACAAAAUCAUAGCACUUCAUUCAUACAUUUGCAUAUUACACUUUUAUUUUUUGUUUCCUAUCAGAAUGUUAUUUUCCCAGGGCCAUAAAUCAAAUCAAAAUCAGAAAUAACACAAACAUUGAAACAUUUCUUGGUCUAGCAUUAAAGAUGUGCUAACAAUUUCAAAGCAUUUUUGGUGCAAAUGUGGAGACUAAAUUUAGUGCACAGCAUUAGGGAUCUUUUCACAGAAAGAUCUAAGUCUUAGGUAAAGUCAGGUGUAGACUCUGCCAAUUUGAGCUGAUUCUCACCCAGUCAUUCAGUGGUAUCAUUGUGUUUGAACCUGGGCCAAAUUUCUGCCUGAAUAUGUCAUUGCUGUGUAGUGUAAGAGGGCCUACAAUAAGUCAGCUGCCUCUGGCCGGUAGGAUGAAUUUCUGGCAUGUCUGAAAAUGGUUGGCUUGACUGCAUCCUCCUGUACAGUGAAAGCAAGACUGUGAGCUGAUUCCCGAGCUUCAGGACUUUCUUGCUUGUGGAAAAUUGCAGAGAGCCUUAGGGCAACACUAAACUGCAGAUAUACAGCAGUCAGUCAUUAUGACCUUCUGUGCACUCUAAUGCAGUCCAAUACAACAGCCCUACCACACAUGGUACUUUAACAAAGCCUCUACACUGUAAGAGUUUGUUGACAUUACAGGGUAGUGAUGCUAGCACUUGAUAUUUGUAAAUAGAGUCAUAACCUUUGACAUCCAACUUGCUUGUGUGGAAGUUUUUCAAAAGAAACUUUGCUGACAGUUGUCAAAGUUCCGUCCCAUUAUAAGUCAAAGAAAAUGUCAGCUUCAGUCAAUGUCAAUGUCAGCUUUAUUUAUAUAGCACAUUUAAAAACAGCCAGUGGCCUACCAAAGUGCUUUACAGUAAAAUAGCCAGAGACAGUAAAAACUAUAAAAACAAUAAAAGCAUAAAACAUAUAAAAACAUAAAAGAACAAUAUAGAUAAACAUAGCACAUAAAUUAAGUACUCAAUACAAGCAGCUAAUGUUUGCGUUAGUCAUACAGUAUGAGAUCUGUUUCCACGACAACUUUUAAAAAGUUGUACAGCUCAUACAAAGUUUUAAAAGAUGAUCUAAAAGGAUUUUUUCACACUUAAGUCAAUAUGUUAUGAAUGCUAAUUAGAGAUUUGACACCAUAGCUGCUAGAUUAUGCAGGUAAAUACAUACUUAAUUCAUAUAUUCUUGUUAGGAUAAGCAGCUGUCAUAAAUCCCAUUGUAUGGUCCCUGGCCACCACUUGCUCUAAGACAUAAGCCAACCUAAACACUAAUAAGGAGACAGACUAUUAUGGACAUAUUGAAAAGCUUGGUAUUUGGGGAUUUUGUGUGCGUCUGUGUUUCAUGAUUUGAUUUUUAGAUUAUUCAAAUAGCUUGAUCCUGAGUUAUCAUUUGAAGUAGGAAUAUGAAACUGUUUGAAGUCUGUUAAAAAAAUAAAAUAAAUCAGUCACCUCUAAAAGGUGUAUAGGGAGUAAAAAGUUCCAUAAAUACUGACAUUUUAUGCGGUUAAAGGGUUUCUAUGAACCAUAUCUGUCUUUAGAUUCUGCUGAUUAUGAUAUUUGUGAUUUUGGUUGCAGAUGAAGUGUUUGAGAUCUACCCAGCAAGCACACCUUAAUAAAAACAGGCUGUUUAUGUCAACAGGAGGUUUUUGAGGACCGUUUUCUAAAGGUUCCUCAAGAACCAGAGGCUGGUCCUUCACCUCAUCACCAAGUGAAAACGGGGAAAGGACACACUGUUGGAAACGAGUCAACAUCAGCAAGUUCUGAUAGUGAAAGCUCCUCAGAGACUGAGAGUUCAUCAGAAGAAGUGGCUGUACAACUGACCAGCCUAGGGGAGCGGGUUGGUAUAUACAUGCCAGUAAAUAUGCACAUGGCUUUUGAGAAUUCUUUCACUACAGUUCAUUUUACCUAAUUAUGUCAUUAAUGGCUGGCUCCUCAGUUAAAAGCUGUGAGUGACCAACUGAAGAGCCUCAUGCAAGAGCCCCAGCAGAAAAAAAAGAAGAAAGACAAGUUGAAAAAGGAAAAAAGAUCCAAAAUAAAGUCCAUUGCUAAAUUAACCCACAAAUCCAGCAAAUACAAACGCAUAGUUGAAAAAGUGGCAAACAUCAGGAGCUCAGCUGUGUAAGUGAGCACCUUUACCUGUUUGAACAUGGUCUUUCACAAAGUGGUUCGCUAAUAAUAGAUGGUUUUUUAUCUGUUUGUAGGCAUGGCAACAGGCAUGAUAUCCAUGGAGUACAUCCAAAAUGCAAGACUGAGGUCUCAUCAAAGCCAGUGACUUACCAGGAGAAAAGAAAGUUAAAAGAAGAUGUCACCAAGCUGUCAGGUAAUAAGCUGGGCAAGUUGGUGAAAAUCAUUCACGCCAGGGAGUCGUGUCUGAGAGAUUCUACUCUUGAGGAAAUUGAGGUCGACUUUGAACUCCUCAAGUCCUCCACACUGAGAGCCCUGCAGAAGUUUGUUGGAGCAUGUCUGAAGAAAAGGAACAAGAAUGUUGGCAGUAAGUACUGCUCAAAUCUUAAGCUUUCAUCCGCCAGUAAACCAUUUAUUUAGAAGUAACAAGUGUGGAAAGUUAAAGGUUUUCAAAAGCUUUUUCUGAGUAGAAUGGUACUAUCUUCACUGCCCUGAAGACAAAAAGCAGGUAAAGUCCUCAGGAGGUUCAAAAGCUGGGAAAACAAAGGAGGCUGAAAAGCCUGAGGUUGGCAGUAAGGAGCAGCACUUCAUGAAGAAUAAGCCAGUAGGUAAGAGCUGCAAACUAGGUUAUCAGUCUCAUCACAGUCACAAUUUGAAACGUGAGGCAUCGACUCUAACUUUUUUCAAACAGCCAAAGCCAGUCCAUCUUCUGACCUCAGGCAUCCUUCACACCUCACUGAUAACAGCAGCCACAGCAGUUCGUCACCCAGCAGCAGCAAUACCAGUAGCAGUGAUUCUGAAGCAGGUUAGCCGUUCUUUUUUCAAACACCUCUCCUCUCAUCUGCUGUCGUUAAACCUAUUCCACUUUUACUAUUCUAAAAGGGGUUCAUGUACUGCUGCAGUGCACUUUGAGGAUUUACUACCAUGUUUAAUACCAUGUCUAUCUUGAAUGUUGUGUAUUUUUGCACUCUCAUGUCUGCCGAGUUAUUUUUUUGCAUUAUUAACUUAAGCCCACCUCUUGACCCUUUAAAGAUACAUGAAGAAUUUCCAGAGCUAACCCUCAGUAUUAUCAUUUACAGAAAUCUAAGUUAAUACACCAGUGUGAUUAAAAAUAUAAGCAGUGUCACACCUUUCUCUGCAUCACCAAGUAUUCUAAGUAUAUAUGUAUACUUCUUAAGUUCAUUUAAAUCAACAAUAACAUAUGUCCUAGAGCAGGGGUAGGCAAUUAAUUUUUACAUUGGGCCACAUGAGAAACCUGAACUGUGUUGGAGGGCUGAACCAACAAUAACUUCAACCACUUUCUGCUCAAUAUUCAUUAUCUCCCAUUGUAAAAAGCAGUAAUUUAAACCCACAGACAUUAUAUAUGUAAACGUCUCAUAACUUGUUGGAGCAUAAGCCAGUGUUGCCACCAUAUUGGAUGGAUCUCCUCACUCCAGGCUCGGUAUUGAAACCAGAUCAUGUAGGAUUACAUUUCACAACUAAGAUUGAAAAAUUAUUUUAGUUAUUUUUAAUGUGUGACAGUGUCACACAUUUUAUGGUCGUAUUUUACGAGAUUUUUGAAAGAAACAUGAUGAAGUGGUUUAUAAUUGAUGUAAACAGUUUGGGGGGUACAAAGGUCUGCUGCCCGACUCUGUAGGCUCUAAUUUAUUAAUAAUCUUUUCUUCUAGUGCCGAAGACCAAGAAGAAAAAAAGAACAUCUUUCCAGAAGACAAAGUUGAGUGAGUCUCACCCUGCUGGGAUUAAACAGAUAUCAGGGACAAAAGAUUUGACAAACACCACAGCAAAGACAUCUCAGCCCUCUCCUGCUGUGUACCAAUCAGAAACCACCUGUGAUGGGCUGACUUUUUCACCUCCAGGUACCAGGUUUUACGAAACCUUUUUUUUAUUUUAACAUUAACAGUUACGUAAAAUAAAGAGAAAAUCUGGGUCAUUCAUGCUUGAUUUAAAUUUCAGUUACCCUUUGUCCUUUUUGAUAGCAAAGUAAAAACCUAUGUAACUGUGAAACUGGGUUAUACUGGAUAUGUCAGGAUUUCACUGGUAUAAGCUACAUUGUCCUCUCUCCCAACCUUUCCCCACUGUUUGUCCUGGUGCCGUGUCAGCAUCAAUCCUGAACUGACAGAUCAGCUUUAUUAGCAUUCUCACUGCCAGUUGCCUUACAUCAUAAAUCCUAUAAUAACAUAUAUAAUGAAACCCUUGUCUUCAAGGCCCAUUACCUGAGGGUGUUUGCACCCAUUUCUUUUUCAUUUGUGCUCAGUGUCCUUGAGAAACUAAAAAGUUCAAGCCAGGUUUUAAGGAAAGUGUUUCCUUCUCCUUCUUCCUUUGAUUGACUUAAACAACACAGUUGCCUGUACUGUAUGCUUGUCUGAAUGCAAAUUAACUCAAUUUCAUUUAUUCAAGUAUCAUGUCAAAGUUAAGUCUGCAACACAUUUCUGAGUGCGUUGUUUUCUUUUGACAGAUUUGUCUACCCUUUUGUCUCCCAUGGUAUCACCGGGAGUUAUGCUGAACUGGGCUGGGGCAAUAUUUGAGGUACUCCUGAUGACACUAAUACAUCACAGACAGCUAGUUUGAUUGCUUUAGAAUAGAGGGAAUUCUUUGAAACUCUUUUAAAAGUACUUGUGAUUGUGUUAGGAAUCUUGGCUUUAUUUCUGACUACCAGCUCUAACUUGAUAAGCAGACCAGUGUUGUUGUUUAAAACAAGCUUUUUCCAGCUCCGUCUUUAGCAAAGACUAAAUAUUAUUUUUCAAAGGCUGACCUUGAAAAAACUAUCCAAGCCUUUAUAACAUCUCAAAUAGAUUACUGUAACUCCUUGUAUGCAGGCUUGGACAAGUCAUCGAUCAACCGCCUUCAGCUCAUCCAAAACGCUGCUUCUCGACUCCUCUCUGGCAAGAAAAAGCGCAACCACAUAACCCUAAUUUUAGUGACCCUUCACUGGCUCCCAGUCUGCUUUCGCAUUGAUUUUAAAAUUCUUUUAAUUGUUUUUAAAGCCCUCAAUGGUCUUGCCUCUCUGUACCUGUCAGAGCUCCUGCAUCACCACUCCCCAGCCAAAGCCUUAAAGUCCUCUGACCAGUUGCUUUUGGAUGUCCCCAAAACCAGACUUAAGUCUAGAGAUGACAGGGCCUUUUCAGCAGUUGCCCCUAGACUCUGGAACAGUCUACCUGGCCAUAUUAGAGCCUCACAGGCCCUAGAGACUUUUAAAUCAUCCUUAUAGACCCACUUUGUCUCCCUUGCAUUUCAUAAAUGAGCACACACAAAGCAUUUUUAUUCUUUUUACUGUCAUGGGUUUCUAUUUGUCAAAAUUAGUUCUGUAAAUUAAGAAAGGGGGAGCAGGCAUGUGUCAUAUAUUCCUUUAGAUGGUCUAAAUCAUAAAAAUGUUGCUCUCAGUUUAACUAGCAAGAAGCUUUUUCAGUUCAGUUUGAUGGCAUUCUCACAUCACAAGAGGUUUUCAAGGUCUUUGAGAAAUAGCAACUUAACCUAUGCAAGCAGUUCCCCAUACAGUUCCACUUUAAUAUACUGUAUGAUACAUGCUUACUUGUUUAUGGUUAUGCAUUUACAUUAAAGUCUAACUAUUUGCACUUGCAGCAGGACCUAGUGCUGUCCCCCCUAAGACCACCUCAGUCCAAAGAUGAGUCGAGAUCCAGUAAGUCAGUCUUGACUUUUCUGUAUGGAUGUCCUAGUCUGGACUUGUCUAUGUUGUAAUGUUAUGUAUCCUGAAGUGAGCUGUUUUGUGAAGUGUUGUGUGUACAUUUUUAUCUUUACAAUGCAUCCUAAUAAAUUUAACUAAACAAAGUCUAUCCAGACUUUGACAGCACAAUUUUUCAAAAUUAAUAACACUUUUACAGCACAGUCAAUCAAAAAAAUGAUUAUGCCAGAUUCCAGAUCCCCUGAGGAGUUUCCAGACAGACAGAUGACCAGUGUGCUUUCCACCAACACAGCAGGUAAAUCGACUGAGGAGGAAAAAACCGAAAUAGCUAGGAAGGUAAGUCAUUUCCAUUUGGGAUCUAAACUAAACAGUUAUAAAGUUACCAACUUGACUAUGCAGUCAAUCUCUUUCCACCAGAUGGCACCCAAUCCUCAUCUACAGUGGAUAUAAAAAGUCUACACACCCCUGUUCAAAUGCCAGGUUUUCGUGAUGUAAGAAAAUGACGGCAAGAUAAAUAAUUUCACAACUUUUUCCACCUUUAAUGUGACCUAUAACCUGUAGAAUGCCGUUGAAAAACAAACUGAAACCUUAAAGGGGAAAAAUAAAAAAUAGAAAAGUUAAAAUAACCUGGUUGCAUAAAUAUGCACACCCUUAAACUAAUACUUUGUUGCAGCACCUUUGGCUUUUAUUACAGCACUCAGUCUUUUUGGGUAGGAGUCUAUCAGCGUGGCACAUCUUGAUGUAGAAAUAUUUGCCCACUCUUCUUUGCCAAACCGCUCCAAAUCUGACAGAUUGUGAGGGCAUCUCCUAUGCACAGCCCUCUUCAGAUCACUCCACAAAUGUUCGAUGGGAUUCCGGUCUGGGCUCUGGCUGGGCCAUUCCAAAGUCUAGAAUUUGGAUACACCUGCUGGUGCUACUUGGACACGUCAUCAGUGAAGUACCCGGGGUCAUAGGGUGUUUCGGGUCUUUAAUCUUCAUACACCCUCACCCGGGCGACCCAGCCGGGGGUGAUCAGUCCCCGACUUGUGUCCAAGUGGCGUGAUGUUCCACGGAUCCCCCCUACGGAUCCACAGCCACCGCGAGGCCCUUUCUGCGGCCUCUAGGAUGUUUCUGAUGGCUUUCUUCAAUCGCAGUCCUUUUACUCCAAGGAGUUUGAGGGAUCUCAGAAGUGAUUGGCCGGCGAAGCCUCGGCUCCCGACCUCGACUGGCUCACAGCGGGUUUUCCAGCCAUUGUUCCGGCACUCUGUGCUGAGCUCUGCAUACUUGGCUCUCUUGCGUUCGUGGGCCUCUUCGAUCCUGUCUUCCCAGGGGACUGUUAGUUCCAGGAUAACUACUUGUUUGGUGGACUCCGAUGUUAGUACCACAUCUGGGCGGAGAGAAGUAGUUGUGAUGUUGGCUGGGAACUUAAGCUGUCUUCCGAGGUCGACUUGAAGCUGCCAAUCGCGAGCGGUGGUAAGGAGCCCCCCUGUAGAGUUGGGAUGGUGAUGUUGUGCCUUCUGCCCUGCUCUAAUGAAUGUGAUUGCCUGUUUGGGGGCUGCCUGGGUCUUGCUGUGCUGGAUCGCUGUGCUGAUGGUUUCUGCCAAAGCUUUUAGGACUUGGUCAUGGCGCCAGCGGUACCGCCCCUCUCCUAGCGCUUUAGGGCAGCAGCUUAAGAUGUGCUCCAGGGUGCCCCUCUUCUGGCACAGUUUGCACUCGGGAGUGUCUACCAGUCCCCAGGUGUGUAGGUUGACCGGGCUGGGGAGGACGUCAUACACUGACCGGAUGAGAAACUUGGUGCGAGAUGGUUCUGCUUUCCAGAGCUCUGCCCAGGUGAUUCUGCGGGAAUCAGCCUGUUCCCACCUGGUCCACGCUCCUUGUUUGGACAUGCCAGCGAUCUUACUGCUGCGUUCUUCCUCCACCUCUGCACGUAUCUCGUCCUGGAUCAGUCGGCGCUUCUCCUCUCCACAGGCCAGAUCAUAACGUGGCUUAGGAAAGGAACCAAGACCUGCUCGUCCCGUUGCCACAGAGCCCACCAGCACUUUGUGCCUCAGUCGCAACUCGGCUCUAGUGACGGCUUCUUGUGCCCGCCACUUCCUCCCGGUUUUCACGAGGAUUCCUGCUGCUGCGACUUUGGUGUCUGCGGAGUCCCUGUACAUCAUCACCUCUCUGGAACGGGUGACUUUAAAUUCCUCUGUUAGUCCACUAAAGGGAAGGUGCAGCUUGUUGGAAUGGCCGUACAGGGCGAUGCUGCUUAAGGACCGAGGGAGCCCCAGCCAUCUCCUGAGAAACUGGCUGAUGGACUUCUCUAGAGCCUCUACCGUUGAUAUGGGUACUUCGUAGACUAACAGGGGCCAGAGUAUUCUUGGCAGGACUCCAUGCUGGUAGAUCCAGGCUUUGAAUUUUCCAGGGAGGCCAGAUUUGUCAACCGCUGUGAGCUAGGUGGACAGCUCACUCUUGGUUUGCUGUAUGGCAGCUGAGUCCUUCAGGGAGCUGUCGAAGAUCUUGCCCAGACUCUUGACCGGUUUCUCGGUCACUGAUGGGAUCCUGGUCUCUCCCAGGGCAAAGCGGAACUGGUCGGACACUUUACCCUUUUUCAGGACCAGGGACCUGGACUUAGCGGGCUUGAAGCUCAUCCUUGCCCAGGAGAUGAGCCUUUCAAGCCCCUGCAGAAGCCACCUGCACCCUGGAACAGAUGUUGUUGUCACCGUUAAGUCAUCCAUAAAGGCUCUUAUGGGGGGCUGCCGAGUCCCAGAUCUUGAUUUGGGCCCUCUGCAUUCCACUUCGGCAGACUUAACGAUCCAGUUCAUGGCCAGUGAGAAGAGGGUUACCGAUAUGGUGCAACCGGUGAUUAUCCCUUUCUCGAGGCGAUGCCAGGCAGAUGUUACUUGGCCUGAAAAGACUCGUGAGCUAAAGUUGUCGUAAUAGUCCAUGAUGAGUUUGCGGAUUUUGUCUGGAACAUGUUGUCUUCCCAGUGUGGUUUCGACAAGCUUGUGUGGGAUAGAUCCGUAAGCGUUGGCCAAAUCAAGCCAGAGGGUUGCCAGGUCUCCUUUGCUCUCUCUUGCCUCCCGGAUCAGCUGCGUCACCACACCCGUGUGUUCCAUGCAUCCAGGCAUUCCUGGGACUCCUCCCUUCUGGACUGAGGUAUCAAUGUAGGUGUUCUUCAGGAGGAAGUUUGUCAGACGCUGGGACACGAUCUUGAAAAAGAUCUUGCUCUCGACACUGAGCAGCGAGAUGAUGCGAAACUGCUCAAUUUUGCAAGAGCCCUCCUCCUUCGGGAUCCAGACUCCCUCAGCAUACCUCCAUUGUGCAGCGACCUUUCCUCUCCGCCAGAUCACCCUCAGGAUCUUCCAGAGACGUUUGCGGAGCUGAGGGCACUGUUUGUAAACUUUGUAGGGAACACCGCUGGGGCCAGGAGCAGAACUGGAUCUCGCAGCUCUGACAGCUUCCUCUACCUCCUUCAGGGUGGGCUCAGCGCUGUUGAAUUGGGUCCCUGGUUUUGGUGGUUCCACCAGUUCCCUACAAGGUCCGAGCUCGUGGUCCCUCAUGGCGUCACUGAAGGUGGCGUGGAGAUGAUGGUCAAUCUCCUCUACAGGGCAAGCGAGGUGGCCUCAAGGUGAGGUGGCGAGGAAGUCUCAAUCUUAUUCCGGUGAAGCCAUUCUUUUGUUGAUUUAGAUGUGUGCUUUGGGUCAUUGUCGUGCUAAAAGAAGUUCCUCUUCAUCUUCAGCUUUCUAGCAGAAGGCCGAAGGUUUUGUGCCAACACUUACUGGUAUUUGGAACUGUUCAUAACUCCCUCCACCCUGACUAAGGCACCCGUUCCAGCUGAAGAAAAACAGCCCCAAAGCAUGAUGCUGCCAUGACCAUGCUUCACUGUGGGUAUGGUGUUCUUUUGAUGAUGAGCAGUGUUGUUUUUGCGCCAAAUAUACCUUUUGCAAUGAUGCCCAAAAAGUUCAACUUUGGUUUCAUCAGACCAUAACUCAUUUCCCCACAUGCGUUUGGGAGAUUUCAGAUGUCUUUUUGCAAAAUUAAGCUGGGCUUUGAUGUUUUUCUUUGUAAGAUAAGGCUUCUGUCUUGCCACCCUACCCCAUAGCCCAGACAUAUGAAGACAGUGGGAGAUUGUUGUCACAUGUUCUACACAGCCAGUACUUUCCAGAAAUUCCUGCAGCUCCUUCAGUGUUGCUGUCAGCCUUUUGGUAGCCUUCCUGACCAGUUUUCUUCUCGUCUUAUCAUCAAUUUUGGACAGACGUCCUGUUGUGCCAUAUUUUCUCCACUUGAUGAUGAUGGUCUUCACUGUGUUCCAUGGUAUAUUUAAUUCCUUGGAAAUUCUUUUGUAGCCCUCACCUGACUGAUAUCUUUGAAUAAUGAGAUCCCUCUGAUGAUUUGGAAGCUCUCUGCUGACCACGGCUUGUGCUGGAAGAUGUGGCUACAAAAAUGUCAGGAAAAGCCUACUAGAACAGCUGAACUUAUUUGGGGUUGAUCAAAGGCACUUUAAUUGGUGACAGAUGUGUGCUGACUCCAAUUCAACCUGAGUUUAAAUGUUAUUGGUUAAAUCUGAACACAGCCACAUUUCCAGUUAUAAAAGGGUGUGCACACUUAUGCAACCAAAUGAUCUCAGUUGUUUAUUUUUACUUAACUUCCUUGAAAGAUUUCUGUUUGUUUUUCAGUUGUGUUGUACAGGUUAUAGGUCACAUUAAAGGUGGAAGAAGUUGUGAAAUCAUUUUUCUUGAUUUAAUUUUUUUACAUGACAAAAUCCUGGCAGUUGAACAGGGGUGUGUAGACUUUUUAUAUCCACUGUAUAACAACUUAAACACACAUAGGUUACUUUGUUAAUCUUUUUUUCUUUGUUUUUACGAACGAGACAUAAUUCUGUGCAUCUUAAUAAUUUAAUGCUGAUGAAUUAAUUUCUGUCAUUUAGGAAAUAGUUCUAAAAAAUGCAGUGUCUUGGAUGAAACUGGUGAGGCAGUCUCGCACUCAAACUUUGAUCAAGUCUUCAAAAGAGAGCUUCCAGCAGUUCAAGAAGGCUGUCGUUGAAAAGGAAGACCGUGAGAAAGCAUUGAAGAAGAAAGGGGAGGAAAGAAACAUGGAGCGACAAACUCCUGGUAAGAGCAGGUAAGAAGAGGAUGCAUUGCACUGUACACUAAAAGUUGGCAUAGCGUCUUAUGGAAGCCAAUGGCUUCAACCAGUUUUCUUUUAAAUUACCUACAAGGAAUUUGUGGGUGUUGAAAAAGUUAAGAGAAACUGUAUAAGAACAUACAACAGAAGCCUUAAGUCUUAAUAGUUUGUCCAAAACUUUUCAAAAGCUCAUGUAAUGUGACUAUCAGAAGUAAAUUAGUCACUGAGAGGGGAACUCAGGGAUCUGUGUAACACGCUGAAUCCAAGGAGGAAACAUGAAGCCCAAGGGUUUUUAUCUUCUCUUUCAAUAAAUUAUACUUAGAAACAUACAUUUUAUGUACAUGACAGGCCAAAAGUUUGGAAGCAAGGCCAUUACAGGCCGAAUAGUUGGGAGUAACUUCAAGUUUUGUUCACAAUGCUUUUUUUUAUAUCCAGCAUGAGUUUUAUGUAUUUUGGGAUGUAUUUACUCCAUGAUCAGAUGUUGCUUUUAUACAUAUGCACCAUUUUACUCCAUUUACCUUUAGAUAUAAAUUGAUGUUAACAGACCAUUGCUAUUUUGUGACCAUUGCAGGCUCACAAAAAUUGGACUUAAAAUGACUAGAAACAAGUUUGUACUGUUUGGUUCAAAACGCAGAGUCAGUGUCCGCAGACAAACAGGUGAACGUCUGAAAGCACCAUGUUUUACAGCCACAAUUCAGCAUGGAGGUGGUAGUUCCAUGGUAUGGGGAUAUUUUACAGGUGAUGGAGUAGGAGAUCUGUUUGAAGUUAAGGGUAUCAUGAAGAAGGGACAGUACCACUCCAUCCUCCAGCACCAUGCUGUUCCAUCUGGACUCAGACUUGUGGCUCAUAAGUUUGUUUUGCAGCAAGACAAUGACCCUAAGCACUCUGCCAAGCUCUGUCAGGGUUACCUAGACAAAAAAGAAGAGGAAGGUGUUCUUCAAAAGAUGGUUUGGCCCCCUCAGUCUCCAGACCUUUCUCCAAUAGAGCUUGUGCGGGAUGAAUUGGAUCGAUCGGUCAGAAAAACGCGUCCCACGAAUCAUCAGUCUUCUUUUAAUGAACUUAAGAAAGCUUGGAAUGCAAUCUCUGGAACAUACCUUAAAAAACUUGUGGAACGAAUACCUUGUAUAUGCCAAGCUGUUGUUAAAGCUAGAGGAGGUUACUUUAAAGAAAGCACAGUCUAAGCAACAAUAACUCAAAUACCUAAUAAUUAUAGUCAAAAUGUCUUCUGAUAAGUUACUCUCUACACAAUAGUCAUGUUUAUUGUGUUGCAUAUUAUACAUAUGAAACUAUGAUCUUUUUUUGUACAAAUCUGAUCUUGCUUCCAAACUUUUGGCCUGUAGUGUAGGUGUACUUGCAGAACCGGACUAUUUGAUGGUAAAAAGCAUUAGUGGUCAGCAGAAAUAUCAAAUACCUCCUUUCUUUCUGUGUCAAGCAAAUUCACAAGCAGGUGCAGGUGACAUUUAUGAGACAAUAGGUAAGCCCCAGUGACACACCCACAGAACCUUAAAAUAACAAUGUCCUUUGAAACUGUUUAUGAGCAAAUAAAUCAAAUCCUUUCAUUAAAUUUGUGUGUGAACCUCAGGCUAAAACUGCUACACUUUGACUUGAUUCGUAGUCAGAUUGUCAGAAUACUUAAGAUAAAAGAAUACAAUUACAGAUACAGAUAUGUCUCCCUCUAGCUUUCCUGGCCCAUGUAAAGCUCAGGUUAAAGAACGGCCCAUCAAAGAGAAGCCUGAUUCACCACAUGGCAUUUGCACAGAGGCUUCUGUAGACUCUCCAAUGAAUGAAGAGCAGAAAAAGUCUUCUUUGGAAACACAACCUGAAACCACACAGUUCCCGGUAGAUAGGGAAAGAGAGAUGGCCCGCAGGAAGGAGCAGGAACGUCGCAGGCAAGAGGCUGUAAGUACUAAAUAGUGCCAGUUCUAGUUGAAGUUUUAAGUGAAAUAGUUCUCUGACAAUGUCUCUUGAUGAUUUAUUUCCUUUUUAGAUGUCAAGCAUUGACAUGUCUUGGCAGCGGGAGAUUAUGACCGCAUUUGAGCUGAGCCUGGACUGAAAACAGACAAGGUUUUCAUGGAGAAACAAGCACUUUGAAAGGAAGGUUUACAUCUCAUAUCCAUGGAAACCUCUUACUUUCUUUGGCACUGAAGACCACUUCAUUUGAACUGUGGUUGUUAUGGAGACAGAAAAUAAAGUAUUAAUUAAGAAUUAAUGCCCAAAAUAAAUUGACAUGGGUCCUGCCUUCUGCUAGUACUUUAAUUGUUCAUUAAAUGUGAACUGAUCCCCUCUUGAAUAAGAGAAGAUCAGGAUGAAGCACUGUUAAAAUUCAAACCUAUAUAAAAUCGUUUGUUGGUAUUUCCCAUGUCUAGAUGCUCAGACCUGCACCCCACAGCUGUGUAUUACAAGCUUAUAAAUCCACCCAUACACUAUUUAAGGUUUCAGUGUUGUUUUUGUUUUUGUGUUGUUAUUCCAUUUGAUAAACCACUACCACCACAUUUCAGUUUAUCGAAAUUUAAUAUAGGACCAAAGAUAAACAUUUUAUCAUUUAAGUGUAUGUAUGCAUACCUUUCUCUUUAAAAAGCAUUCCUUCACAAAGGUAAAGUUGUAUGUGGAACACAGAUGGGAAGGUAUAUGUUAAAGUUUUCAAUGUAAUGGCAGAUAAGCUCAGUUCUUGGUGUGUCUGACUACUUGAAAAAUAUGUUUACUGUACACUCACUGCACUUUGUUGUUCAUACGGUUCUGGAUGUUCUGAUGUUUUGUUUGGAAAUUAUUAACUUAUUCUGUAUGUUACAGUUUAUAUUUUUUUUUACUUCAAAAUAAAGCUAUUCACCAAGUGAUCUGAAUCACUUCCUUUACUAAAUGAAGUUGUAAUAACAAAAAAAUUGU